AUGAAGGGCAUUGUCGCAAAGAUACUAAUGUUUGUAUGGCCUUUGAUAAUCAUUUCGUUCCUGGCCACUCCAGUGGCUAAAAUUACUAAAAUUACUGGCGAAAAUCCAAAAGAAAAUCCUAUAACGGUAUGGAUCAUUGUUGCCAUCUUGUGCAUUCCAUCAGCACUGGCCAUUCUUAGUUGUAUUCAAAACAACAAAUCUGCAGGUAAAGACAAGGAUAAAGCAGCUAACAACCAUUAUAAAUGCCUGGGCCUCAUUUCAAUACAACUCGUUGGAAUUGCCUGUUAUAUAUUUACUACAUACAGGUGCCUAUACUCUGAACUUAAGAUUUCGAAUGAAGAAUUUGUAAGAAUAAUUAAGUAUAUAGCCAUAUUAAGUGGCCUGAAAUACCUAAUGUUUUUGAGCAUGCAUAAUCGGUAUGCAUUUGUAAAUCUAUUGCGUGUAUUGAUUACAGUAAUUUACCUGGUACUUUCAAUGAUCGUUUUUGGAAUGGUUGAUGACGACUACCCUGGAAAAAACAUUGAUACAGCAAUAAAUUCCAUCCAAUCAACUCAGCUAACUGCUAAGAAUAUUGGAGAAUUUCUCGGAGAUAUUGACAAAUUCCAGAAAAAACAAGAGCAAAUCUUGCAAAACAUAGAUACUAGCAGAGACAUCACGCCUUCGGCUACAUAG